AUGGACGAAGAUUCGCCGAUGCAGAAAUUCUACAAAGGCGCCAACGUCUUCGUAACGGGCGGCACCGGUUUCAUGGGAAAAAUCCUCAUAGAAAAGCUGCUCAGAUCCACCCAAGUCGACGCCAUCUACGUUCUAAUCAGGGAGAAGAAGGGCAAAAACGCCCAUGCUCGAAUCGACGAAUUGUUCGAUAACGUCGUGUUCGACAGACUGAAGAAGGAGACGCCGAAGUUCAGGCACCGCGUCGAGCCCGUCGCCGGCGAUUGUUCGCUCUCCGGUCUCGGUCUGUCGAUCGACGACAGACAGACGCUGGCGUCGAAAAUCGACGUCGUCUUCCACGCGGCGGCCACCGUCCGAUUCGACGAGCACAUCAAAGUCGCCUACGACGUCAACGUCAACGCCGCCAAGGAGGUGGUCCAUCUGGCCAGGCAGAUGAAACGAUUGAAGUCGUUCGUGCACGUGUCGACGGCCUAUUCGAAUUGCCCUCGGGCCGAGAUCGACGAGAAAAUCUACGAUUUCCCGGCGCCCUACCAAGACGUCGAGGCCUUGCUGGAGAAGGUCGACGAGCUCGAUGCCGAACGGUUGACGUCCAGGAUAAUCGGCCAAUGGCCCAACACUUACACGUUCACCAAAGCGCUGGCCGAGUCGCUGGUGAAAGACAUCGGAAACGGCCUGCCCGUGGCUAUCUUCAGACCGUCCAUAGUCGUUUCCACUUACAAGGAUCCCAUAGAAGGUUGGAUUGAUAAUUUGUACGGACCGACGGGAGUGUGCGCUGCAGUUCUGUCGGGAGUGAUGAGGGUGUUCUAUUGUCAUCAGGAGAAACUCGCCGAUUUGGUGCCGGUGGAUUUGUGCGUGGAUUGUCUGAUUGCCACGGCUUGGGAUGUUUCGACGGACAAACGGGAACAUCAUCAAUCGUCCGAGAUGCCGGUGUACAACUACGUAUCGUCGCCGGAAAACCCCAUAACAUGGCGGGAAAUGAUCAAUUUGAACUACAUCCAAGGCAAGAAGUACCCCGCAGCGAAUUCCCUAUGGGAGACCUUCCUCAUCCUCACCGACAACUUCUACGUUUACUGGAUACUCUCGUUGUUCCUGCACACCUUACCGGGAUUGCUGGUCGAUUGCUUCGCUCUACUCACCGGCAACAAACCCAGGAUGUCGAGGAUCUACAAGAAGAUCCACAAGUUCUCGAUGAUCCUCUCGUACUUCGCCUCGCGCAGCUGGACCUUCUCCAACGGCAACGUGAGGAACCUGUGGGAGAAACUUGAUGAAAGGGACAAGAGAAUGUUUCCGUUCAGCGCGACCACCUUGCAUUGGUUGAUGUUCUUCAGGGGCUACAUCAGGGGCUUGAGGGUGCAUCUGCUGAACGAAAACGAUGAUACUUUGGAGAUCGCCCGGGCGAAGCAGAAGAGGUUUUAUGUAAUCAGCAGGGUUAUCAAGUACGCCUUGUUGUUUGCUGCUUGUAAUGUUUUAGCUACGAUUGUGUUCGGUUGUUUUUACUAG